AUGAUUAAUGAAGAUUAUAACCUAGAAAGUAAGGCUCAGCAUUCGAAUCCAUUCAAAAUCUUUGGGUAUGGAUCUUUGAUUUGGAAACCUCCACCUCAUUUUGUUGAUCGUCAGAUUGGAUUUAUUAAAGGCUUUGUUCGUCGGUUUGCUCAAUCUUCACAUGAUCAUAGAGGUACAAUCGAGAAACCUGGUAGAGUAGUCACCUUAGUACCAACAGAAGAAUGGACAAGCUUAACAGAUUCAGAUUUGUUUGUAUCAAAUGUAGUCUGGGGAGUAGUAUAUACCAUCAAUCCGAUUUAUGAAAAAGAAGUCAAAGAGUAUUUAGAUGAAAGAGAAAAGGAUGGAUAUGAAAUGAUUGAAGUCUCUGUAUACAAUCAAACAGAUGGAAACGAGAGUCUUCUUACAAAGGCUUCAGUUUAUGUUGGUCAUACUGAUAAUCCUAGUUUUGCUGGUGUGACUCCUUUAGAUGAAUUAUCAGAGUUGAUUUAUAAAAGUGUAGGACCUUCAGGACCUAAUAAGGAUUACUUGUACAAUUUGAAUACUGAAGUUCAUAAACUUUGGGAAGGUGUUAAAGAUCCUUACUUGGAAAGAUUAACUGAAUUAGUCUCAAGUUUAGAUUCAUGA